GUCCUCUUCUUCCAUCCUCUCCUCCUUCACUCCCCCGACGCCAACCCAUUCCUCUCUCCAGAACGAGAAGCCGAAUGUUCGGAGUCGGCGUCUUCCUCCCCUACUCCUCCUUCUUCGAACCCUCGCCGCACCUCUUCAUCUCCAAUCCCCGCCUCCCUGUCCUCCCUCGCCGCGCCCUUCGUAAAUUUCGGCGACGCAACCCUUCCUCUCGAUCGCUUCUCUCCCUUCACCGUUUCGAUCUUCUCCGUUGCAGCUCGAACCCUAAUUCUCGCGUGAAUGCGGACAGUUGUAGCCAUCGUGGAGGGUUGGAGAUCGACGCCGAUGGAAUCUUGGAAACUGGGGACUUGGAUUUUCCGGUGGAGAUUUGCACGACUCGAGCCUUGCCCCCUGCUCUUUCGUUGGAGGAGGGGUUUGAUAAGAUGAAGCAGGCGGUUGAAGAGCUGAAGUCGAACCCACCACGUAUGACCAGUGGUGUCCUGAGAUUUCAGGUUGCAGUUCCUCCUAGUACAAAAGCAUUGACUUGGCUUUGCUGUCAGCAUCAGGAUCUUCUGGUGUAUCCUCAUUUUUAUCUCAUAACUAGGGCAUCAUCUGAUCCAUCUCUUCAGUUGUAUUUAUUAGGAGCACUUGAAGUUUGUGGAAUUGGGGCUGCACUUUCUGUCCAUGGUUCUUCACGGGCCCGACAAGGAUUCAGUCUAAUUUCAAGAUAUCUUUCAAUUGAUUCACCCCUGAUAAGGGCUUAUGGGUUCUUAGGUAUCAAUUACAAUAAAAUGUCAUCACUGAUGGAGGAGAGACUUGAUUCAUUUUAUCUUUUCAUCCCUCAGGUUGAGGUGACUGAAUAUAAGGGUUGCUCAGUAUUAGCGGUUACCCUGGUUUGGGAUGAUUGCAUGUCUUAUAAAUUUACUAACGCAGUUCAUACCUUUGAGCUCUAUAUUCAUCAGAUGAUAAAUUAUGUUCACCGAGUUAACAUCUAUGAUGAAGUAUUUUGGAUGAAUCAUGCUAAUGGGAAGUUACCUUUGAUUGCAAAGAAAGAUGUUGAAAUGGUUUACCUGAAUGCUGAAAUUCUUGCUCAAAGUGCUCCUCAAAACAAUAGUCUUCAUAAGAAAAAGGUUCCAUCUUCUUGUCAGUUUUAUUUUAGGCAUGCAUGGACAACUUCUAUUGGCACUACUAUGCAGCUUAUGGGUUCUUAUGGCACCAAUUGCUUGAUAAAGGACUGUGCCAACAUUAAUGCUGUAUGGGCUUCACUUAUAGUUGAAGAAUGUGUUCGUCUAGGUUUGACGUACUUUUGUAUAGCCCCAGGAUCCAGAUCAUCUCCACUUGCAAUUUCUGCUUGUGGGCAUUCCCACACUACUUGUUAUUCUUGUUAUGAUGAACGGUCACUUGCAUUUCAUGCUGUUGGGUAUGGGAAAGGGUCUCAUAAACCUGCAGUGAUCAUAACGUCAUCUGGAACAGCUGUGUCAAACCUUCUUCCUGCGGUUGUGGAGGCUAGUCAUGAUUUUGUACCUCUUCUCUUACUCACAGCUGAUCGCCCUCCAGAACUGCAAGAUGCAGGAGCAAAUCAAUCCAUUGAUCAGGUGAACCAUUUUGGGAAGUUUGUGAGGUUCUUCAAUCUUCCUGCAGCAACUGAUCAAGUUCCUGCGAGAAUGGUUCUCACAACUAUUGACUCAGCUGUGCAUUAUGCAACUCAAGUGCCACAUGGUCCUGUACAUAUUAAUUGUCCCUUCAGAGAGCCACUAGAAGACAGUCCAAGAGAAUGGCAGUUAGACUGUUUAAAAGGACUAGAUUCAUGGUUGUCAAAGAAGGAGCCAUACACCAAAUAUAUCAAAAUGCAACAUCUCUUCACAGAUGGUCAUCAUAAUGGACAAGUUGCUGAGAUCAUAGAAGUUAUACAGAAAGCUAAAAGAGGACUCCUCCUAAUUGGUGCAAUUCACAAAGAAGAUGAAAUCUUUGCAGCUUCUGUUUUGGCAAAACAUCUUUCAUGGCCAGUUGUCAGUGAUAUUCUGUCUGGUCUACGGUUACGCAGAGUAUUAGCUUCAUUUCAUGAAAUAGAGUCCUUAUUUAUAGAUCAUAUGGAUCAUGCUCUACUCUCACACUCGGUUAGGAGCUGGGCCCAGCCGGACCUGGUUCUUCAGAUUGGAAGCAGGAUUACGAGCAAACGGAUUAUUCAAUUGCUAGAGCUUUGUUCUCCAUCUUCAUACAUUUUGGUUGACGAACACCCAUGCCGUCAUGAUCCUUCUCAUAUUGUGACUCACAGGAUUCAGAGCACCAUUAUUGAAUUUGCUCAUAUUUUACGAAAAUAUUAUUUCCCAAAGCAGGCUGGAACAUGGAACAUUUUUCUGAAAGAGUUGAACAUGAUGGUUGCACAGGAGAUAGAAUUUCAAAUUCACUCAGAAAGCUCACUUACAGAGCCAUAUGUUGCACAUGUUAUUGGGGAAGUACUUAAAGAUGAUUCUGCCUUAUUCAUUGGUAAUAGCAUGGUGAUCAGGGAUGCAGACAUGUAUGGAAGAGGCUGGUUAUGUCCCAUGAGCUUUGAUAGCAAAAUGAUGUCAAAUUUGGAUCUACCGUUUCAGGGCCUUCGAGUGGCUGGAAACAGAGGUGCAAGUGGUAUUGAUGGUUUGCUUAGCACAGCUGUUGGUUUUGCAGUAGGAUGCAACAAACAGGUGAUUUGCUUGAUUGGUGAUGUAUCUUUUCUCCAUGAUACAAAUGGGUUGGCAGUUCUUAAUCAAAGGGUGACGAGGAAACCUAUAACUGUAAUUGUAAUAAACAAUCAUGGUGGUGGAAUUUUUAGUCUUUUACCAAUUGCAAAAAGAGCACAACCUGAUGUGCUGGAUAAGUACUUCUACACGGUCCAUGAUGUCUCAAUCGAUAGACUUUGCACUGCUCAUAGUGUGAAACAUUUGCUCGUGCGGACAAAGACCGAGCUUCAUAAUGCUUUAUGCAAAUGUCGGCAGCAACAGACUGAUUGUGUAAUUGAAGUUGAGAGCAGCAUUGAGGGAAACACUUAUUUUCAUAGCAUAAUGAGUAAAUUUGCUUGUCAAGCUGCCAACCAAACACUGAAUUUUCUGUUGGGACUCCCGCUUUCUGGAAGCUUAAACAAUGGCCUAUUUCUCAGCAAGAUCGAUAAGGUGGAGUACUCAUUGUAUAGAGUCCAACUUUUUACCCGGCUCACUUCAAGCCAAGUGAAAAAUGAUAUAAAGAAUUUCUUCCGUGAAGGUUUUGUUCUGAGAAUAUAUUUGGACAAUGCUACUGUAGGAUUGGGUGAGGUUGCCCCAAUUGAGAUCCAUGCAGAGGAUCUUUUAGAUGUUGAAGAGCAGCUAAAGUUCAUGGCUCAUAAGUUAGAAGGAUCUGAAAUAAGUUUUGUUCCAUUGCUCAAAGGCUCAUUCUCUCAGUGGAUCUGGAAAGCCUUAGGAAUUCCGCCUUCAUCUCUUUUUCCAAGUGUUAGGUGUGGAAUAGAGAUGGCAAUACUUAAUGCCAUAGCAGCAAGACAGGGCUCUGGAUUUUUGGAUGUGAUCUCUGGUUACAUGAGCUCUUCAAGAGAAACUCAGCUGGUUGCAGGUGUUAAUGGUUCAAAACAGAUACAAAUAUGUGCACUUGUUGAUCACAGCGGUACUCCUAAAGAGAUAGCCGAUGUUGUGUCUCAGCUGGUUGAUGAGGGUUUCAGUACAAUAAAACUGAAGGUAGCACGAAGAGAAAAUCCUGUUGAAGAUGCAGAAGUCAUUCAAGUUAUCAGACAAAAGGUUGGAUAUGAAGUCAAAAUCCGUGUUGAUGCGAAUCGGAGGUGGACAUACGAAGAGGCAAUGCAAUUUGGAUCUUGCGUAAAAUGUCUCGACUUACAGUACAUUGAGGAACCUGUUUGUCAAGAAGUUGAUAUUGUCAAAUUUUGUGAUGAAAGUGGCUUGCCAGUGGCAUUAGAUGAGACAAUCAACAAUCUUAGUGGAGAUUUCCUCCAUGAACUAAAAAAGUUUGUUCAUCCAGGAAUUGUUGCUAUAGUCAUCAAACCAAGUGUUGUUGGAGGAUUUGAAAGGGCAUCACUCAUUGCAAAAUGGGCUCAGUUGCAUGAGAAGAUGGCCGUUGUCAGUAGUGCUUUUGAAAGUAGUAUAAGCUUAUCGACAUACAUACAAUAUGCAUGCUAUCUUGAAGAACAGAAUGCUGAAAUUUGCAGAAUAAAAGGAAGAACACCAGAUGCAGCCAUAGCCCAUGGCCUUGGAACAUAUUGUUGGUUAAAGGAAGAUGUAACUUCCAGAGGUAUAGAUAUCUGCAUACGACCAUACAGUGACAGAAUGGUAGCCUCUGUAGAAGAUGCUCGGAAUUUCAUUCAGUGUGUCCAAAUCAACAAAGGGAGUAUCCAGAGGAACUACUCUAUCGAACCAGUUAGAUCUUAUCACAUAAAAGUUGAUGGAGAUUAUUUUAGCUGUUCAUUCAAGUUGCAAGAGGCUGGUGAAAAUAUAGAUUUGAUGCAGAAUAUAACAAUUGUCUAUCUUCAUGGCUUCUUGGGCACAAGCCAUGACUGGAUCCCAAUCAUGAAGGGUGUAUCAGCGACUGCACAUUGCAUUUCCAUUGACCUUCCUGGCCAUGGGGAAUCACAGGUGCAAUUUAGUAUGGAUAAGAGAUCAAAACAAGGAAUUGAUUUAUCAGUCGAAUCUGUUGCGGAUAUGUUGCUGAAGUUGAUCUCUAGUAUCACUACGGGAGGGGUCAUUCUUGUCGGCUAUUCAAUGGGUGCAAGGAUUGCACUACACAUGGCACUCAAAUUCAAAGAAAAGGUCAUGGGAGCUGUCAUAGUUUCGGGAAGCCCAGGAUUAAGGGACAAAACAGUUAGAAAAAUCCGUGGUGCCCAAGAUGAAUCAAGGGCUCGUUUUUUAGUGGAACAUGGUUUGCACAGCUUUCUGGAGACAUGGUACUCAGGCAGCCUAUGGAAAAGCUUAAGAGAUCAUCCUCACUUCAGCUAUAUUAGGAGCACUCGCGACAGGCAUAAUGACAUACAAGGGCUUGCAGAAAUUCUCUCUAGCUUAAGCAUUGGAAAGCAACUGUCACUGUGGGAGGACUUGAGACAUUUGCAAACUCCUCUUCUGUUCAUUGUGGGAGAAAAGGAUGCAAAGUUCAGAAAGAUUGCUCAACAUAUGUGCAGUGAAAUCAGAGGCUGUUCUAAAGAUGAUCCCCACCAACAACAAAAACUAUAUGAUACAAUCAUUGUUCCAGACUGUGGGCAUGCUGUGCAUUUGGAGAACCCUCUCCCUGUGAUUAAUGCAAUUAGGAAAUUUGUAACAUCUUUUGAACAGAGAUGAUACUGAUGAAAUCCUACUUGGUUUAACUAGCAUCAAGCUAGUAGAGCUUUCCAUGGCCAAGAAUUACAGAAUUUCAAUGGGGUUCUCCGUCGCACGUCACAAAGCCAGAUUAACAUAUGACAAAUUUUGUAGCCUUUUCUGUGAUAACCGGCCAUGUUACUUUUCAUUUGUAGGGAUACUGUUUAUUUUUGCACAGUACAUCUGAUGAUCUUGUAAUUUAUAACUCCUAUUGCUUGUUUGGCCAUUGAGCAAAACUACGCAGAUCUGCUCCUCUUCUACAUGGUAGUAGUUCCUGUGACUCUGGAUACUUAGAACAUGAAAUUAAGCAGUGGUUACGUUACAUACCUGUUCAAGGUGUUCCAGGUUUGAUGAGGAUUUUGGUGAGAUUAUUGAGCUUACUUCUGUUACCAGCUCGGCCACAAGCGAUCUCAAUCAUGGCUUGGGACCUCAGGUUGGAUUAUGAUUAAACGGAUCACUGAGCUACUGACUCCUGUUACCAGCUUCAUCUUGAGAUCUCAAUAGAAGCUUUAAGACCUCAAGCAUGUGAUGCCUGAACAAGAAUAGCUUGGAGGUCUUCCAUAUCCUUGUUCAAUUACAGCAGUUCAAGAGGAGGCUAAAGCUGACGGUAACAACAGCUAAGUUUGGGGAUUCGAAAUACUAAAUGCUAAAAUACUAUAUCCCUUUAAGACUCAUCCAAUGUGGCUAACAUCAUUUGAAGAGAAGAGAAUAAAUGUGGCUACUAUCGAUAAAGGAAAUAUUUGUGUAAUCAACAUCCAUAAAGGCUCAUUUAUGUUGCUCCAGCGUCCAAGGUUCUUCUGUACACAUUCAACAAGGUUGUAUGAACUUUGGAUGUUGGCAUGCAGUAUGUGAAUUAGUUAGGUUUGGUCA